AUGAAGGACAGAGGCCAUUACGGGGAUGCACAGCAGUGCUGCGUGAAAAUUAAGGAGCUAAGGCAAGCAUACCAAAAAAACAGUGAGGCAAAUGGCCACUCCGGAUCAGAGCCCCGAACAUGCCGCUUCUAUGAUGAGCUGCUUGCCAUGUUAAAGGAUGCAGCCACCACUACCACAACCCUGUGCUUCAACUCCGUCAAUGGAGAAUCACGCAACACGGAAGCGGUUGGUGGAAUUUGUUAUGUCUUCAUCUGCAACAUUAAAGAGCGUUCUGCUAUCAAACAUCUUCUCCCCGUUAUAGGUUCAAAUUCAGCCCAGGCUGAUAGCGAGCAAGAGAGUGAUAGGCAUUACCAUCCGAUGCCUCUUUGUUGGCCCAUGGCAAAUUGUGACUUGGACUAUACACCUGCUUUUAUUCCUUUGAAUGGGCUAUCUGGACCUUCCUUGGGCCAGCUGGAAAUGAAUCUGAAAAAAUCAUUAUCUAAGAGAAGUAUCCCUCUUAGUGACUUUGAAAUCUGGCUUGCUGGUCUGCUUGCAAUUUUUGUAUGUGUUUGUGCUGGAUUAAUUACACUUUCAUGGCUACUAAUCAAGGAAUCGCAACAAGGCAGCUUAUACGGAAACAGUCAUGCAUCCACAGGAACAUUUAAAAUACUGUCAGGAGCAUCAUUCAGCCCUGGUUUACAAGACAACUCAUCAGCUGACUUCAAGGCUCUUGCCUUUGAUGUUCAACAAUUGAUAAAUGAAAUCUAUCAAGCAAGUCAGCUGAAGAAUGAAUAUAAGAACUCUGAAGUUUUGCAGUUCAAAAAUGGCAGCAUUAUCGUAAUAUUCAACCUAUACUUUGCACAGUGGGUAUCUAAUGAGAAAGCAAAGAAUGAACUGGUUUUAGGUAUUGAAGCAAAUAAAACUAGCCUUUUGCAGACUAUUAACAUUGAUGUGAACAGCAUAGAAAUCACAGGUAACUAUGAAAAUUAUUUGCUUUCUUUGAAACCUUGACAUGUAACUCCUGAAAGUCUGACUACAAGCCCACCUCUAACAUCAUCAGGUCAACUGUCCGUGAAGUGUUUGCCUCCUGAGGAACCUUGUGCUGAUGCCAUAAACUGCAUAAGUAAAGACUUAUUUUGUGAUGGAGUACCAAACUGCCCAGAUGGUUCAGAUGAAUCUGAAAAAAUAUGUGCUACAACUUGUGAUGGAAAAUUUAUGUUGACUGGCUCCUCUGGAUCUUUCCACUCUAUUAAUUAUCCAAAGCCUUAUAAUUCAAAUAUUGUUUGCCAAUGGAUUAUACGUACAAAUCGAGGAUUAUCCAUUAAACUAAACUUCACUUCCUUUGAUACCCAACAAUAUGUGGACACUUUAAAUAUUUAUGAAGGUACAGGACCAAGCAAGAUUUUAAGAGCUUCGCUCUGGGGGACAAAUCCUGGAACAGUUUACAUUUUUUCUGAUGAGGCUACAGCGGAGUUUAUAACAGAUUAUUCUGAAAAUUAUAAUGGAUUCAAAGCAACAUAUACCACAUUUCGUACCAGUGAGCUAAGCAAUAAUGAAAAAAUUAACUGCAAUUUUGAAGAUGGCUUUUGUUACUGGAUUCAAGAUUUAGAAGAUGAUAGUGAAUGGGAGAGAAUUAGUGGGCCUACCUUUCCAUUUAUGUCUGGCCCUGAUUAUGAUCAUACAUAUGGCAACAUGUCAGGAUUUUAUAUUUCAACACCCAUAGGACUUACAGCAAGACAGCAGAGAGUUCGGCUUUUUAGCUUGCCUUUAGUUCCAGCUUCAGAUCAAUUCUGUCUCAGUUUUUGGUAUCAUAUGUAUGGUACUAACGUUUAUCGUUUAAGUAUUAACAUCGUGAAUAGCAAUAACAUGGAAAAGACAGUUUUCCAGAAAGAAGGAAAUUAUGGAAACAACUGGAAUUAUGGACAAGUAACAUUAAAUGAAACAUCUGACUUUAAGGUUAUUUUUGAUGCCUUUAAAAAACCAGGUCUAAGUGAUAUUGCCCUGGAUGACAUUGGACUGAUAAGUGGACAGUGUAAGGAAAGUAUUUAUCCAGAACCAACUUUGGUUCCAACAAGCACUACUCCACCUUCACUUCCCACUGACUGCGGGGGACCAUAUGAACUCUGGGAACCAAAUACUACAUUCAGCUCUAAAAAUUUCCCGAACAACUACCCCCACCAAGCCUCCUGUGUGUGGUAUUUAAAUGCUGGAAAAGGAAAAAACAUUCAGCUUCAUUUUCCAUAUUUUGAGCUGGAAAAUAUCUAUGAUGUAGUUGAAAUCAGAGAUGGAAGAGGAGCAGAUUCCUUGUUUUUAGCUGUCUAUACAGGACGAAACCCUGUUCCAGAUGUCUUCUCUACCACUAACCAGAUGACAGUGCUCUUCAUUACUGACAAAUCUGGAACUCAGAAAGGAUUUCUUGCAAAUUUCACUACUGGUUAUAAUCUUGGCACACCUGAACCCUGUGGACCCAAUGCUUAUCAGUGUGGAAGUGGGGAAUGUAUACCCCUUGCUAACCUUUGCGACAAACAAUGGCAAUGUAAAGAUGGCUCUGAUGAAGCAGAGUGUGUGCGUCUGUUUAAUGGUUCUCUAAGCAUCAAUGGAUUGCUACAGUUCAGGAUUGAGAAUAAUUGGUAUAUAGCAUGUGCAGAUUACUGGAGUGAGCAGAUUUCAAAUGAAGUUUGUCAACUGCUAGGACUAGGAAAUAUGAAUACAUCAUCAGCGAUGUUAUCCACUGGAAAUGGGCCAUUUGUAAAAAUCACCAAAGCAGCGAACCAGAGCCUAAUACUUACACCAAGCAAACAGUGUCUCAGUAAUCUGGUGAUUCAUCUGCAAUGCAACAAUAAACCUUGUGGAAAACGACUCAUAACUCAGGAGAUCGGUGCAAAGAUUGUAGGUGGAAGUGAUGCCAAAGAAGGAGCUUGGCCUUGGGUAGUCUCGCUGUUUUUUAAUGAAAGACCUACAUGUGGAGCUUCCCUCAUCAGUGAUGAAUGGCUGGUCUCAGCAGCGCACUGUGUAUAUGGGAGGAAUUUAAUACCGUCUCAGUGGAAAGCAGUGCUGGGCUUGCAUACCACUUUGAAUCUGACAUAUCCUCAAACAGUAAUUGAAGAGAUCGAUCAAAUUGUCAUAAAUCCUCAUUAUAACAAGCGCACAAAAAAUAAUGACAUUGCUAUGAUGCAUCUUCAAUUCAAAGUGAAUUAUACAGAUUAUAUACAGCCUAUUUGCUUACCAGAAGCAAGUCAACAGUUUUUGCCAGGAAUGAAUUGCUCCAUUGCUGGCUGGGGUAGAACUACAAAUCAAGGUUCCACUGCAAACAUAUUGCAAGAAGCAGAGGUCCCUCUUAUUACAAAUGAGAAAUGCCAACAAAAGAUGCCAGAAUAUAAUAUUACAGAGAAUAUGAUGUGUGCAGGCUAUGAUGAAGGAGGAGUAGAUUCCUGUCAGGGAGAUUCAGGAGGGUCCCUGAUGAGUCAAGACAAUAACAGGUGGCUUUUGGCAGGUGUGACAUCCUUUGGCUAUCAAUGUGCAUUGCCCCAGCGUCCUGGAGUGUAUGUUCGAGUCACACAAUUUGUGGACUGGAUAAAACAAUUCAUACGUUAG